AGGCCCAGGACCGAGAGAUCUCAGGUGACCACUGGGAAGCCUCAGUCGCUGAAGGGGCUCUGAGAGCCAGCCGCAGAAGGAGGAACCUGCUGGGAAGUUCAUCUUACCUGAGCCGGGAACUCAAGCUGCGGGGGUCCCCCAGCCUUUCCCCUUCGUGGUGGCUCUAGUGGCAGCGUUUGCGCCCCAGCCAAGAGGAUCCGAAUGGCCGUGAGGUGGACCUGGGUAGGCAAGAGCUGCCUGCUGCUGGCGCUUUUAGUAGUGGCUUAUAUCCUAGUGGAGCUCUCGGUCUCCACUUUCCAUUCCUCCCCAGGAGCCGGCCUUGCCAGGGAGUCGUGGCAAAGACAGCUCUCUGACUCUGAGAAAAAGGCAGAGGAUUUGUCUCGACCACUUUAUCAGAAGCCCCCUGCGGAUUCCCAUGCACUCGGGGAGUGGGGGAGAGCCAGCAAACUCCAUCUCAGUGAGGGUGAACAGAAGCAGGCACAAGAGCUCAUUGAGAGAUACGCCAUCAAUAUUUACCUCAGUGACAGGAUAUCCCUGCACCGCCAUAUAGAGGAUAAAAGAAUGUACGAGUGUAAAUCCAAGAAGUUCAACUAUCGGAGACUUCCCACCACCUCAGUUAUUAUAGCUUUUUACAAUGAAGCCUGGUCAACUUUGCUCCGCACCAUUCACAGUGUUCUGGAAACUUCUCCUGCAGUCCUUUUGAAGGAGAUCAUCUUGGUUGAUGACUUGAGUGACAGAGUUUAUUUGAAGACACAGCUUGAAAAUUACAUCAGCAAUCUCGAUAGAGUCCGCUUGAUUAGAACCAAUAAGCGAGAGGGUCUGGUCAGGGCCCGCCUGAUCGGGGCCACUUUUGCCACUGGAGAUGUCCUCACUUUCCUAGAUUGUCACUGUGAAUGUAAUUCCGGUUGGUUAGAACCACUUUUGGAAAGGAUCAGUAGAGAUGAAACGGCAAUCGUUUGUCCUGUUAUAGACACCAUUGAUUGGAAUACUUUUGAAUUCUACAUGCAGACGGGAGAGCCCAUGAUUGGUGGGUUUGAUUGGCGUUUAACAUUCCAGUGGCAUUCUGUCCCCAAACAUGAAAGAGAUAGGCGUUCUUCAAGAAUAGACCCUAUCAGAUCACCCACCAUGGCUGGAGGACUGUUUGCUGUAAGCAAGAAAUAUUUUGAGUACCUUGGAACCUAUGACACUGGAAUGGAAGUGUGGGGAGGUGAAAACCUAGAGCUAUCUUUUAGAGUGUGGCAGUGUGGCGGUAAGUUGGAAAUCCACCCUUGUUCCCAUGUGGGACAUGUCUUCCCCAAUCGGGCACCAUAUGCUAGGCCUAAUUUCCUGCAGAAUACUGCUCGGGCAGCAGAAGUCUGGAUGGAUGAGUACAAACAACAUUUCUACAAUCGAAACCCUCCAGCGAGGAAAGAAGCUUAUGGUGAUAUUUCCGAAAGGAAACUACUUCGAGAACGGCUAAGAUGCAAGAGCUUCGACUGGUAUUUGAAAAACGUGUUUUCUAAUUUACACAUUCCAGAGGAUAGACCAGGCUGGCAUGGAGCAGUUCGCAGUAUUGGGAUUUCUUCCGAGUGUUUAGAUUAUAAUUCUCCUGACAACAACCCCACAGGUGCUAACCUUUCACUCUUUGGAUGCCACGGCCAAGGAGGAAAUCAGUUCUUUGAAUACACUUCUAACAAAGAAAUACGGUUUAAUUCUGUGACGGAGUUAUGUGCAGUAGUCUCUGAGCAAAAGAAAUAUGUCGGAAUGCAAACUUGUCCUAAAGAUGGGUUCCCUGUUCCAGCAAACAUUAUUUGGCAUUUUAAAGAAGAUGGAACCGUUUUUCAUCCACACUCAGGACUGUGUCUGAGUGCUUAUCGGACACCUGAGGGCCGGCCUGAUGUACGAAUGAGAACUUGUAAUGCUCUAGAUAAAAAUCAAAUCUGGAGGUUUGAGAAGUAG